AUGUCCUAUAAUCGCUUGGGAGACCCCUACGGGGACGACCGCGACGCUCGUUCCCCCAUCAUGAAUCCCAGCAGCUUGAGUAACCGAUCGCCUUCGCCUGGGCGACCGCUCGACGGCUACCAGCUCUCAGAUGCGCCGUACGGACAUCACCAUCACAUAGAAAUGCCCUCGAGUGACCGAUUGGCCGAACAACCGACGUAUUCGGUCGAGAGAAUCCCGCAGUCGUAUGGCCACAACGAAGCGUAUGAAGCGCAGCACCAACAUUAUCCAGGUUACGAGUACUCGGUGGACCCCGAAGCACACCAUGACGCUUACUAUACCCAACCAUACCAGCCUACAGUUACACCGGGCCAUGACGAUUAUGACCUCGGCCAGUAUCCAGGACAUCAGCAUUCUUACCAGGAUGAUGAGCCGAUCCUCCAACCGGAAGACCCCUUUCAGGCCCAGAACCCAUACAGCGACGACUACCAGGAGGACAUGACAAUUGCCCCAACGCCUAGUCCCGCUCCGCUCCGGCGAUGGAAGACUGUCAAAGAGGUGCAACUAUUUCAAGGCAAUCUUGUUCUAGACUGUCCUAUCGCACCAAAGCUACUCAACCAAAUUCCCCAUGCGGAGAACGGCCAGCGCGAUGAAUUCACGCAUAUGCGCUAUUCCGCCGCUACUUGUGACCCUAAAGACUUCUUCGAGGAACGGUUUACCCUGCGCCAGAAGCUUUUUGCCAAACCCCGACACACGGAACUGUUUAUUGUCGUGACGAUGUAUAAUGAGGACGACUUUCUCUUCGCGAGAACGAUGGUCGGAGUAUUCAAGAACAUUGAGCACAUGUGUUCAAGGACUCGAAGCAAGACCUGGGGCAAAGAUGCCUGGAAGAAGAUUGUGGUCUGCGUCAUUAGCGACGGUCGUGCUAAGAUUAACCCGCGAACGCGCGCGGUCUUGGCUGGUCUGGGAUGUUAUCAGGAUGGCAUCGCGAAGCAGCAGGUCAACGGGAAAGACGUUACAGCGCAUAUCUACGAGUACACAACCCAAGUUGGCAUGGAGUUAAAAGGGAAUCAGGUCCAUCUCAAGCCUCGCUCGGGAGUGCCGGUGCAGAUGAUUUUCUGCCUCAAGGAAAAAAACCAGAAAAAGAUUAACUCACAUCGCUGGUUCUUCCAGGCUUUUGGCCGUGUACUUGACCCCAACAUCUGUGUCCUACUCGAUGCUGGCACGCAGCCUGGUAAGGAUUCGAUCUAUCGUUUGUGGAAGGCUUUCGAUGUUGAGCCGAUGUGUGGAGGUGCUUGUGGUGAGAUCAAGGUCAUGUUAGACCAUGGGAAGAAGUUGUUCAAUCCACUGGUCGCUGGGCAGAACUUCGAGUACAAGCUCAGCAACAUCCUGGAUAAGCCUUUGGAAUCGGCUUUUGGAUUCAUUUCUGUGCUUCCGGGUGCCUUCUCCGCCUACCGCUAUAUUGCACUACAGAACGAUAAGAACGGCCAAGGUCCGCUGGAGCGGUACUUCCUCGGUGAGAAGAUGCACGGCGCCAAUGCAGGCAUAUUUACUGCCAACAUGUAUUUGGCCGAGGACCGAAUCCUAUGUUUCGAAAUCGUUACUAAACGCAAUUGCCGCUGGCUACUUCAAUAUGUCAAAUCCUCAACUGGUGAAACUGAUGUGCCGGAUCAGAUGGCGGAGUUCAUCCUCCAGCGUCGUCGAUGGCUGAAUGGUAGUUUCUUUGCGGCCGUCUAUGCCAUUACACACUUCUAUCAGCUUUGGCGCAGCGACCACAGCUUCAUUCGAAAGUUCAUGUUGUUGAUCGAGACGAUAUAUCAGACGAUUAACAUGCUGUUCGCUUGGUUUGGCAUUGGUAACUUCUUCUUGGUUUUCCAUAUCCUCACAACGUAUCUUGGCGAUGCAGACCUCCUAGGAACUGCUGGUAAGGUCUUGGGAGUAGUUUUCGAAUGGCUCUACCUCGCAACCCUGGUGACCUGCUUCGUUCUAUCCCUGGGUAAUCGUCCUGGCGGCUCCAACAAACUAUACAUGACGAUGGUGUAUUUGUGGGUUUUCAUCAUGAUCUACCUCGCGUUCGCUGCGGUCUUCGUGACGGUGCGGUCCAUUCAAGAAGAAGUUAAGGAUGGCUCGUUUACCUUUUCGACGCUUUUCACCAAUAGCACUUUCUUCUCUAUAAUUGUCUCGCUGGGCUCGACGUACGUCAUGUGGUUCAUCGCAUCGAUUAUUUUCAUGGACCCAUGGCACAUGUUUACAUGCUUCAUUCAAUACAUCCUUCUAACCCCUACCUAUAUCAACGUCCUGAACAUCUACGCUUUCUGCAACACGCACGACAUAACAUGGGGUACGAAGGGUGAUGACAAAGCCGAGAAACUACCAUCAGCAAAUCUCAAGCCCGGUGGUAAAGUCGACGUCAACAUUCCUCAGGAUGACGGUGAUCUUAAUGCCCAGUAUGAGGCGGAGCUCAUGAAAUUCGCUCAGAAACCACCCAAGGAAAUCAAAACCAUUUCUGAGGAGGAACGUCAGGCCGACUACUACAAGGGGUUCCGGUCCUCCGUCGUUCUCGUCUGGGUAUUUUGCAAUUUUGCUCUGGGCGCUGUUGUCCUCAGCUCGGCCGGACUGGAUCGCUUCAGUGAUGACGCCGAGGCCGCGGAGACAGAUAGGAACAAUCGGGCCAUGAUUUACAUGGCCGUUGUGCUAUGGAGUGUGGCAGGUCUCUCGAUCUUUAAGUUUCUUGGUGCGAUGUGGUUUUUGGUUGUGCGAAUGUUCCGAGGUGUCUAAUCUCUUCCACCGAUCACGUAUUACCCUCCAAGCAUUUAAUGGCAGACGGUUUUUGUCGAUUCCUGCAGGUUCAGCAUAUCGCAAUGAUGAUAAAGACAAUGGCUUAUGGAACGUUAUUGUAUUCAUGUCCGAUUGAUUUCUGCCCGACCGGUUGCUGGGCGUUGAUGUGUUUAUAUGUAGACGACCGUUGAUACCUCCAAUGUACGAUUUUCUCAAUGUG